AUGGGACACUCCCCCGCCAUGAAGUCUCUGAACAACAGCUACAACGCAGGGGCCUCGCUCACGCCGUUCGGGGGUGCAUCCUCCGUCAUGGCCCCGUUUGGAGGAGCGUCCACCUCUUUCACCUCGGUGGCCGUCAGCAGCCCCUUUCCCGGAGUCAUCACCGGUGGUGUGACGUUUUUCGUGGCCCUUUACGACUAUGAGGCCAGGACGUCGGAUGAUCUUUCGUUCAAAAAAGGCGACCGCUUUCAGAUUAUCAACAACACGGAGGGCGACUGGUGGGAGGCACGGUCCAUCAACUCAGGACAGAAAGGCUACAUCCCCAGUAACUACGUGGCCCCAGCAGACUCCAUACAGGCUGAAGAAUGGUACUUUGGUAAAAUGGGCAGAAAAGAUGCAGAGCGGCUUCUGUUGCUUCCAGGAAACCAGCGGGGCACUUUCUUGGCACGGGAGAGUGAAACCACCAAAGGUGCCUACUCUUUGUCAAUUCGCGACUGGGACGAGAUAAAAGGCGACAACGUCAAACAUUACAAGAUCCGAAAGCUGGACAGCGGAGGCUACUACAUCACCACGCGGGCGCAGUUCGAGGCCUUACAGAAGCUGGUGAAACACUACACAGAGCACGCCGACGGCCUGUGUUACCGCCUGACCACCGUGUGCCCCACAGUGAAGCCCCAGACUCAGGGUUUGGCUAAAGACGCCUGGGAGAUCCCCCGCGAGUCCCUGCGCCUGGAGGUCAAACUGGGACAGGGCUGUUUCGGGGAAGUCUGGAUGGGCACCUGGAACGGCACGACCAAAGUAGCCAUCAAAACGCUGAAGCCAGGCACCAUGUCUCCUGAGGCCUUUCUGCAGGAGGCUCAGAUCAUGAAAAAGCUUCGCCACGACAAACUGGUGCCUCUCUACGCUGUGGUGUCAGAAGAACCUAUCUACAUCGUCACAGAGUUCAUGGGCAAAGGCAGUUUAUUGGACUUUCUGAAGGAGGGAGAUGGCAAAUAUCUUAAGCUGCCCCAGUUGGUGGAUAUGGCCGCUCAGAUCGCAGACGGCAUGGCGUUCAUCGAGAGGAUGAACUACAUCCACAGGGACCUGAGAGCGGCCAACAUCCUGGUGGCUGAUAACCUGGUGUGUAAGAUUGCAGACUUCGGCCUCGCACGCCUCAUCGAGGACAACGAGUACACGGCCCGCCAAGGGGCAAAAUUCCCCAUUAAGUGGACAGCUCCUGAAGCGGCUCUGUACGGACGCUUCACCAUCAAAUCAGACGUGUGGUCGUUCGGGAUUCUACUGACGGAGCUGGUUACCAAGGGCAGAGUACCGUAUCCAGGGAUGGUGAACCGCGAGGUGCUGGAGCAGGUGGAGAGGGGGUACCGCAUGCCGUGUCCCCAGGGCUGCCCCGAGUCCCUGCACGAGAUGAUGCACCUGUGCUGGAAGAAGGAGCCAGACGAGAGGCCCACGUUCGAGUACAUCCAGUCCUUUUUGGAAGACUACUUCACCGCCACCGAACCUCAAUACCAGCCCGGAGACAACCUCUAA